AGUGUUGCCUGAUUUGUAGAACCAACUUCAUUUUUAUUAAGUGAACUCUUAAGAAGUGAAUCUGAGAUGGCCAGGCCCACAAUUCUAGCAGGUUUGUGCCUGGUGAUAAGCCAGCUGGGAUCUGCCAGCAGGAUGGAGUGCUACUUCACCAACUGGUCCCAGUACAGGCCUGGAGAUGGAAAGUUUCUGCCACAAAAUGUGGACCCUUUCCUAUGCACCACCCUCAUCUAUGCAUUCUCCAUCAUCAACUACAACAAUGAGCUGGUUACCUACGAGUGGAAUGACGACGUCCUCUACAAGUCUUUCAAUGAUCUGAAGACCAAGAAUCCCCACCUGAAGACUCUCUUGGCCGUUGGUGGAUGGAACUUUGGGUCAACACAGUUCUCCAUCACAGUUUCUACUGCAGCUAAUCGUCAGAAGUUCAUCCAGUCUACUAUCAGAUUUCUGAGGACUCAUGGAUUUGACGGUCUGGAUUUGGACUGGGAGUACCCUGGAUCCCGUGGAAGUCCUCCUGAGGACAAACAGAGGUUUACUCUGCUCUGCAGGGAACUUGUUGCUGCCUUUGCAGCUGAAGCCCAAGCUACCGGCAAUCCCCAGCUCAUGCUAACUGCUGCUGUUGCUGCUGGAAAAGGAACCAUUGAUGCUGGAUAUGAGAUCGCUGAGAUAGCCAAAGAAUUAGAUUUCAUCAAUAUAAUGACCUACGACUUCCAUGGAACUUGGGAGCAAUUCACUGGACACAACAGCCCUUUGUACCGUGGAUCAUUUGACGCUGGUGACCUUAUCUAUUUCAACAUUGACUAUGCCAUGAAAUAUUGGAGAGACAAUGGCACCCCACUGGAGAAGCUGAGGAUGGGAUUUGCAUCUUAUGGUCGUACCUUCCGCCUGACAUCAUCAAACACUGGUGUUGGUGCUCCAGCUAGCGGCCCAGCAUCAGCUGGUCCAUACACCCGUGAAGCUGGAUUCUGGUCUUAUUAUGAGAUCUGUACCUUUGUGAAAGGCAGCACCAUUAACUGGAUUGAAGACCAGAAAGUCCCCUAUGCUUUCAAAAACAAUGAGUGGGUAGGAUUUGACAACAAGGAGAGCUAUGAAACCAAGGUACGUUACCUGAAAGAUCAGAAGUUUGGCGGGGCCUUUGUGUGGGCUCUUGUGGAUGACUUUGCAGAAAAAUUCUGGGGGGAGGGUCCCCAUCCUCUGCUCUCUCAUCUGCGCAACCUUCUUGAAAUUGAGCUUCCCACACUACCCCCAACCACCACCCCAAAACCUGGAGCGAGCACCACCACUCCAACCACCACCACCACAACCACAACCACUACCACCCAUGCCCCGGGACCGGGAUUCUGCAAUGGGAAACCAGAUGGCCUUUACCCAAACCCAGAUGACCAAAGCAGCUUUUACAACUGUGCUGGUGGCGUGACCCAUGUUUCCCAGUGUGGAUCUGGAUCUGUCUUUCAUGACAGUUGCAAGUGUUGUGGCUGGCCAUGAGCCAAGAGUGAAGGCAGUGUGUAUUAAAUCUGAUGCAAACAUCAUUCAUUAAACAUCAUCAUUAAACUCA